GUUGUGACUUUGCACAUGACAGACUGUUCCGUCACUUUUUGAAGCAGCUUUGGUAAUGAUUUGCUAACAUGGCUGAACAAAGGCAACGUGCUUUGUCAACAUCAGGGGAAGCAUUAUAUGGAAUCCUGGCCCUAGAGAAAGGAGCAACACAUGACGAGAUUAAGAAGUCCUACAGAAAAUUGGCUCUGAAAUACCAUCCUGACAAGAAUCCUGACAAUCCAGAGGCUGCAGAAAAAUUUAAAGAGAUAAACAAUGCUCAUGCAACGCUGACUGAUCUGUCCAAGCGAAACAUAUAUGACAAGUAUGGAUCCUUAGGGCUCUAUGUGGCAGAGCAGUUUGGUGAGGAAAACGUUAACACAUACUUCAUGCUCUCAAGCUGGUGGGCAAAGGGCUUGUUUGCAGUCUGCGGCCUCCUGACGGGCUGCUACCUCUGCUGCUGCCUCUGCUGCUGUUUCAACUGCUGCUGUGGGAAGUGUAAACCCAAAGCACCUGAAGGGGAAGAGUAUGAGUUCUGUGUGUCUCCGGAAGAUUUGGAAGAGCAAAUUAAGAACGACAUGGAAAAAGAUGGAGAAACUCCUAUUGUGCUUCAGCCAGCAAACGCAACCGAGAAGACGCAGCUCAUAGGGGACAGCCACCGCAGAUACCGCACGGACUCCUAGAGUGGGCAAACACGGCCUGAGGGUGCCUCCCAGUGAGUGUCACGGCAAGGAAGAACACGUGAAAAGCUCUGCAGUUUGCGUUUGUAGUUGUCUCUAAGCUAAUCAAGACCUGAAAGUAAUUUCCUGUUGAGGCGGAAUAUCCCUUUAGGUCACUUCAAGUAGGUUCACAUCUGCACUCUACAAGGAGAUGCUGACAGCCAGUACAGAGCUCUCGCUGCUUCAAGCUGCCCUGCUUGGCAUGGUCUUUCCUCUGCCAUACUCUCUUUGGUGUGAUUGCUCUUCUCUCCUGUCCUCAUCUGGAUUUUCACCUCCCACACCUGGUCCUGAGCACGCUGGACACACCAGCUCCUUUUCUCCAUGCCCCAGGGAAGAUUUCCCUCAAAGAGAAGGUCGGUGGCAAGGCAGCUGGGGCCGUCCUUCCUAAGGAGGAAAGCAGCUAGCACCUUGCUGGUGCCCAGCCCCAGAAAUUGUAAAUCUGAGCCAGGGUGAGGUGCUCCAGGGUCAUUGUGG